AUGUCCACAAACAAGCGCAAGCGUGCUCGAAAAGCGUGUAAUCCGUGCCAUCAGCGCAAGCGAAAGUGCGAUGGCGAGUAUCCGUGUGGAAUGUGCUCCACCUACGAGUACCAAUGCAGGUACGACGACAUCAACAACACUACGAUUGCGGAUCCCCCAGCCAAGCGCGCUAUUGUCGAGGGACGUAACCCCGUGGACGAAGGCAGCCCAUCCGCUGGCAACAAUGCCAAGAGCCCUGGCAUUUUCGAGGAGCACAAGUCCAGGUACACCGGCGCAUCGGCCGCCAUGGCCUUCCCGCAUAUACUGGGCCUGGCUCUCGGAUCUACCAAUCCUCCCAAGAUCAAUUCGGCGGCGUACAACUUUGGCAUCCGCCCGGAAGAGGCUUCCAACACGUAUGGUUUGCUGGGAAGCCUGAUCUCCGAAGACGACCUCGCCUUCUACUCGGAGGUAUACUUCUCUGCAAUGGGCUCCAUUCUAGAUGUCAUCGACCCCAGGAUCUAUGCUCAGCGGUGUCGCGAGUACUAUCAUGGGCCCGGCAGUCCGCCGGUCGCAUUUGGUGCUACAGCCGCUGGUGUUGCUGCAGUCGGGUCGUUCCUCUCGUCAGUUAGACACUCGCGCGAGUCGGACCUACUGCAGUACGCGAAAGCCAUUCUCGAUGAUCCGGCUUCGAUGCGGAUGCUGAGCGUCGAUCAUAUCAUCGCGUGGGGAAUGCGGCUAUUCUAUCUCCGAGCCACAACCCGCCCUAGCAGUGCCUGGGUGGCCUCCUGCACGCUCAUGCAUCUCUGCGAAGUCGUCGGGCUGCAUGAGGAAGAAAACAUCCAGCGCAUGGCGUCCGUCGCUGGUGCCGCUAGUCUCGGUCAUGAUGCGGACCGGCUGAGGCGCAUCUUCUGGAUCCUGUGGGCCGCGCACCAGAUGCUGUCCUACGAGUGCGACCGGUCAGCAGUAACAUUUGCAGCAGUCACUACGCAGGCGAUCAUUGCGAUCCCAGGAUCUGUAGCCGACCAGUUCGUGCAAAUCAUCCAAAUGAUCCCGUCGCCGAACUCUCCGUUCCAACUGGACUCACGGCCUCCAUCUCCAAGGGAGGACCUCUCUGAGCGUCUUACGGCAUUGAGUAAACUACAUUUCACGCAUCCAUUCCUGGUUGCCACCAAGGCGGAACUCGCAUUCUGCUUCUAUCGACGUAUCUACCAGUUCAAGGCAGGCAUCACGGAUGAAAUCCUCCAGGUUGUCAUAGACAGCGGCAGGGAUGGACUAGAGGCAGCUGAGCAGCUCGCCAGCCAAGGCCGGCUACUAUGGAACGUCAUCGGCAGUGUCUUCCAAUAUGCUUGUAUCUUGUUGGCCAUCGACACUCCGGCCUCGUCUGAUCACAUUCCUGCUGCUUUUAAGAGGCUGGAGAAUCUUGUCAGGGCAGCGGAUACAGCACUCACCCGACAGGCGCUCUCUAUAGCACGGCAUCUCCUCAGUCUCAAUAUAGCGAAGAAACGAAAGGAACUUUUACAGUUGGAAGCUGUCGAGGCAGGAUACGAAGCCUUUCAAGAACCACCGGAACCCGAGCCCAACACCGCCGUGCCAGAUCUUGUUGGCUGGGGGGUGGACUGGGAGCAGUUUCUCGUGGAGCCAUAUCUGUCGAUGUUUCCCGACAUUCAAAUGUAA